CCUCCACUCACUGGGUCGCCUUCCGGAUCGCCAAGCGUGCGCAGUGCGUGAUGACGCAAGGCGACCAUCACUCCUCCACCCGCGGCAUCCGCUGACGCAGUGCGAUGGCGGUUGACGCUCCGAUGGCGAACGCGAUGCGGCUCCGGAACCAGCUGCAAACGGUCUACAAGCUGGACCCGCUGCGGAACGAGGAAGAAGUAAAAGUGAAGAUUAAAGACCUGAACGAACACAUCGUCUGUUAUCUGUGUGCUGGCUACUUCAUAGAUGCGACCACUAUCACAGAGUGUUUACAUACAUUUUGCAAGAGUUGCAUUGUGAAGUACCUGCAGACCAGCAAAUACUGCCCAAUGUGCAACAUCAAAAUCCACGAGACCCAGCCCCUCCUCAACCUGAAGCUCGAUCGAGUGAUGCAGGAUAUCGUCUACAAACUAGUCCCAGGUUUGCAGGAGAGUGAAGAGAAGCGAAUUCGAGAAUUCUAUCAGUCCCGAGGGUUGGACAGGGUCAUACAACCAGUUAAUGAAGCUGUGUCACCGGACUUGGCCAGUUCUCCAUACACCACCUUCGAUCACUCCAAAGCCCACUACUACCGAUACGAUGAACAAGUUUCGCUCUGUUUGGAGAGGCAUGGCUCCCCUUUGGGAAAGGAGAAAGGGAAACUAGUAUUGCAGCAAAAGUAUGUGCGAUGUUCAGUCCGGGCUGAGAUCAGGCAUCUACGGAGAGUUCUGUGCCACAGAAUAAAUGUACUAGAUCUGCAGCAGGUACAAAUACUGUUCGACAACGAACCUCUGCCAGAGCACAUGACCAUGAAGCAACUUUGGCUCUCGAGAUGGUAUGGCAAGCCCACACCAAUGGUCCUGCAGUACAGCGUGAGGGAGAAGCGAGGAAGAUGAAGUACAAGGUGCAUUCUGGUGCCAUUUGCCAGAUGUCUCAGUGUGUUUGAACUGUGGGCUGGGUAAGCAAGCUUGGGCUGGACUGACCCUGCAGCCACACGGUCCUAGAGUACCUCCGUUCACUGACGUCACUAGACUGAAUCAAGUAAAUGCAGAGCUGCAGCAACACUCAUAACUUUGAAGACGCCACUACUCUGUGCUCUGAUGUGUGAAAGAGCUGAGCUCACCCCAUCUCGCCCUGCACCCCACCCCUUCUCCACCACUUCCUCCUAAGGAACUGAGUCCUGAGAAUGUACUCCUUCUGAUCAGCAGCCAGCAUUGAUGGGCCUUUGGAGAACUGAACUGUAUUCCUGAUGACCCCACAAAAUGCCAAUCACUCUUACGGCAAAGGGUCUCAAGCCACAGCCCUGAAUAUCAUUGGCACAGCAAAGUUGACCUGGAUGACGAAUGUCUCGGAUUCACCACUCCACCUUCAAGCCGCUCAAUGUAAAGCUGUCAAGGGGAGCCAGAAAUGCAUUUUGUUUGUUUGUUUAUUUAUCUCUUUUAAUUAUUUUUCCUUAUUCCAAGUUAACCAGCCAUCAGGAAAUUUGGGCUAAAGUUAGUUUUUAAUGAAAUGCGUGUUCAUUACUCCUUUCCCCACCCCCUCCCUUUUCGCCCAGUGAAAAGCAGCAGUCCAGAAUGGAAAAUGUGUUUAUCAGCCCCAUUCCCAUUAAUAAAUCACACCCAGCAACGA